AUGUCAUCCAUGCAAACCUCAACACCACCACCUGUUCCAGUCUUCAUAUUAAUGGGCACUGCAGGAUGCGGCAAGACAUCCGUUGCCGAGGAAAUGCAAAAGUUGCUUCAGUGUGAAUAUAUAGAGGGUGAUCAGCUGCAUCCCAAGGCCAAUGUUGACAAAAUGAGCAGAGGUGAACCCUUGAAUGACGACGAUCGGUACCCUUGGUUACAAGUUAUUGCAAACGUUCUUGAAGAGAAGGCUAAGGCGCUGCAAGGACAAGAUGUGUCAUCCACCAAGAGAGUGAUUAUCCUCACGUGCUCCUCUUUACGCAAGGCAUACCGUGAUCUUUUACGCAAGGUGCCACAAGCAAAUGCAACCAUCACAUUUGUUUAUCUCAAAGGCUCUCCCGAAUUGUUGUUGGAACGAAUCACUGGUCGUAAGGGUCACUUUAUGGCAGCCAAGAUGCUUGAAUCACAACUGGAUACCCUUGAGGAACCUGAUCCAUCGCAAGAGAAUGUCAUUGUUGCUGAUAUCCGCAAGGAUCCCCCCACUUUGGCAAGGUGGAUUGUGGAUGAAGCUCAUUCACGUACCAUUUUAUCCUAA